CCACCGGACACCCUUUACACUUAGAAAGAACAUGAUGGGCCUGAAAUAUCUUGCGUUCCUUUUCUCCUUUAUCAUCUUUAACACUGCAGAUGGAGAAGAAACUAAGCUAAGGGCCUCAUUAAGCAGUGAAGCACCUCAGUCCAUGCAAAGACGGUACUCAGAGGCCAUCCUCGCCAGCGAUUAUAGCAGAUCCGUAGAUAACAUGUUGAAAAAGAACUUUGUGGACUGGUUACUGGGCAGAAGGGAGAAGAAAAGCGAAAAUGUUUCAGAUUCAACCAAGAGAGAAGCUGAUUUCCAGUUCCCAGAGCUGGGAAUAAAGGAGGCUGACACUCAAUCAGAGUUAGAAGGAAAAAAGUACUUUCUGACCUGGCUAGCUAGAAACAAACACAGAGACAGCUCCCACAAUGACGCAAAAGCUACAUUAUGCGAGGAGGUAUUGGAUCUGCUUAUGUCAACAGAUAUGUGCAGGGGGAGAUUCUCUUAACUUGUGAAUAUCCACGAUCCAUGGAGUUUGGUGUUCGCAGAUGGAAAAGCUGUCAAAAUAUUCAAUGCUCUAUUAGCUAUCAGUGUUCAUUAUGUAUCACAGUGUAAAGAAAUAAAAGAACUACAUUUCAAAA